AUGCCAGGUGCAUACAAAGGUGAGUGUGGGGACGAUGUGGACCCCAUGCCGUUUUUGGCCCCCAGUGAGAAGGAGAAGCUGGAGGCCAUGAACAAACCUUAUGACAUCAAGAAAUCCUGUUGGGUUAAGGACGAGAAAGAAGCUUUCCUCGCAGGGGAGAUCCAGUCUGAGGACGGGGACAAAGUCACCGUGAAGACUGUCAAAAACACGACUGUGACAGUGAAGAAGGAAGACAUUCAGCAAAUGAAUCCUCCAAAGUUCUAUCAGGCUAGUGACAUGGCUAACUUGACUUUCCUAAAUGAAGCAAGUGUGCUAGACAAUCUUCGCUCACGCUAUGUCAAGAUGAGAAUCUACACCUAUUCAGGAUUAUUCUGUGUAACAAUCAAUCCAUACAAGUGGCUUCCGAUUUAUGGGGCGAAGGUAGCCCAAAUGUUUAAGGGAAAGAAACGAAAUGAAGUUCCUCCUCACCUUUUUUCUAUCUCUGACAAUGCUUAUCAUGACAUGCUGAUGGAGCAAGAGAACCAGUCCAUGCUGAUCACUGGAGAAUCCGGUGCUGGCAAGACUGAAAACACCAAAAAGGUCAUCCAAUACUUUGCUAACGUGGGCGCCACAGGAGGAAAACAAUCUCCAGAUUCCAAGGGUUCCCUGGAGGAUCAAAUCAUCCAGGCUAACCCUGUCCUAGAGGCUUUUGGCAAUGCCAAAACCACCAGAAACAAUAACUCUUCUCGAUUUGGUAAAUUCAUUCGAAUCCACUUUGGGCCAACAGCUAAGCUGGCUGGUGCUGACAUUGAAAGUUAUCUCUUGGAGAAGUCCCGUGUAAUAUCCCAACAAGCUGCGGAACGUGGCUAUCACAUCUUCUAUCAACUUCUCUCUGGGAAAAUUCCAGAGCUGAUUGAGACCCUCUUGUUGGUACCUGAUCCUAACCAGUAUGUUUGGGUCUGCCAGGGGGUCACUAUAGUGGACAAUAUGGAUGAUGGUGAAGAACUGCUACUCACUGAUGUGGCAUUUAAUGUCCUCGGCUUCACUCCUGAGGAGAAAAUGAGUAUUUAUAAGUUGACAGGUGGCAUCAUGCACUUUGGUAACAUGAAGUUCAAGCAGAAACCAAGAGAAGAGCAAGCUGACGUUGACUCAACUGAGGUGGCUGACAAAGUUGCCCACCUCAUGGGGAUCAACUCUGGGGACCUUCAGAAGGGAAUCACCAGGCCUCGAGUUAAAGUAGGUAAUGAGUUUGUGACCAAAGGUCAGAACCAGGACCAGUGUGUCUACUCCAUCGGGGCACUGGCCAAAGCGGUCUAUGACAGAAUGUUCAAGUGGAUGGUUGCCAGAAUCAACAAAACCUUGGACACCAAGAUGCAACGACAGUUCUUCAUUGGUGUGCUUGAUAUUGCAGGCUUUGAAAUCUUUGAGUUCAACAGCUUUGAACAGCUGUGCAUCAAUUUCACAAAUGAAAAGCUGCAACAGUUUUUCAAUCACCACAUGUUUGUUCUGGAGCAAGAGGAGUACAAGAAGGAGGGAAUAGACUGGGUGUUCAUAGACUUUGGACUAGAUCUGCAGGCCUGCAUUGAGCUUCUGGAGAAGCCAAUGGGGAUCUUCUCCAUUCUUGAGGAGCAAUGUGUGUUCCCAAAAGCUACUGAUGCCACCUUUAAGGCUGCUCUGUAUGACAAUCAUCUGGGCAAGUCCAGCAACUUCCUCAAGCCAAAAGGGGGGAAGAAAGGUCCAGAGGCCCAUUUUGAGCUGGUUCACUAUGCUGGCACAGUGGGAUACAACAUUGGGGGCUGGCUGGAGAAGAACAAGGACCCCCUAAAUGAGACGGUGGUUGGACUUUUCCAGAAGUCCUCCAUGUCUCUCUUGGCUUUCCUCUUCAAAGAAGAGGAGGCUGUUCCAGGGGCAAAGAAACAAAAGAAGGGUUCAUCUUUUCAGACUGUCUCUGCUUUCUACAGGGAACAGCUUAAUAAACUGAUGAGUACUCUUCGCAGCACAGCUCCACACUUUGUACGCUGUAUCGUGCCCAACGAGUAUAAACAAUCAGGUGUUAGUGAUGCAUUUCUUAUCCUGCAUCAACUUGCCUGCAACGGUGUCCUAGAGGGAAUCCGUAUUUGUAGAAAAGGUUUUCCUAACAGACUGCAGUACCCAGAGUUUAAGCAGAGAUAUUACAUCCUAAACCCCAACAUCAUCCCAAAGGGAUUUGUUGACAACAAAAAAGCCUCUGAGAUGAUUCUGGGCUCCAUUGGUUUGGACAACAUGGAGUACAGAAUAGGGCACACAAAGGUGUUCUUCCGUGCUGGUGUCCUGGCAAAGCUUGAGGACAUGCGAGAUGAGCGGCUUGCUAAGAUCAUGACCAUGCUGCAGGCUCGUCUCAGGGGAACCCUCAUGAGAAUUGAGUUUAAGAAAAUGCUUGACAGAAGAAUUGCUCUCAUGGCUAUCCAACGAAAUGUAAAGAAGUUCCUUCAGCUUCGAUACUGGGGUUGGUGGAAACUAUAUACAAAAGUCAAACCUUUGCUCCAUGUAGCUCGCCAAGAGGAAGAGAUGAAGGCAAAGGAGGAGGAGUUGCGAGCGGCACUUGAAAAGACAGCAGAAAUGGUAGAAAAGCUCAAAGAGCUUGAUGAAAAAGUGGCCACUCUCUCCAAAGAGAAGAAUGACUUGGCUUUAGCCCUGGCAGCUGAGCAAGAUGCAACAGCAGAUGCUGAGGAGCGCUUUGCUCAGCUGAUGAAACAGAAGAUUGGCAUAGAGGAGCAAAUUCAGGAUAUGAAGGAGAGACUGGAGGAGGAAGAGAGUGCUGCCAUUGCCCUGGGGGAUCAGAAGCGCAAAGUGGAAGAAGAACUGAUGGAGCUCAAAAGAGACCUAGAGAGUUUGGAGUCAACUCUGGCAAAAACAGAAAAGGAAAAACAGGGCCUUGACACCAAAGUGCGUUCUCUAACAGGAGAUCUUGGCCAAAAGGAUGACACAAUUGCCAAACUCCAGAAGGAAAAGAAAGCUCUUGAGGAACUGCAACAGAAAACUCUGGAUGAUCUUCAAGCUGAGGAGGACAAAGUAAACCAUCUGACAAAGAGCAACAGCAAGCUCACCACUCAAGUGCAUGAGCUUGAGGAUAACUGGGAACAGGAGAAGAAAAUCCGAGCAGAGGUGGAAAAAGCCAGACGCAAAGCUGAGGGUGACCUCAAGAUGACUAUUGAAAACCUCAAUGAGAUGGAACGAUCUAAGAUCGAUCUGGAGGAGGUUGUUAAAAAGAGGGACUUAGAGAUUAAUCAUGUGAAUGCUAAACUGGAAGACGAACAGUCUCUCAGCUCUACUCUGCAUAGGAAGCUCAAAGAGCACCAGGCCCGCAUUGAGGAGCUUGAGGAAGAGUUGGAAGCUGAGAGGGCAAUAAGAGCUAAGGUGGAGAAACAGCGAGCUGAUUUGUCUCGAGAUCUAGAGGAUCUUGGAGACAGACUGGAGGAAGCAGGAGGUGCCACUGCUGCUCAGAUUGAGCAGAACAAGAAGCGAGAGGCUGAGCUCCUGAAACUGCGCAGGGAGCUAGAGGAAGCCGCGCUGCAGGCUGAAGCCACAGCCUCUGCUCUACGCAAGAAGCAUGCCGACUCCAUGUCUGAACUGGCCGAACAUGUAGAGAAUCUGCAGAGAGUCAGAAUCAAACUGGAGAAGGACAAGCAGAUCAUGAAGGCAGAGAUUGAUGACCUCAAUGCCACUGUAGAGUCUGUCCAGAAGGCCAAGAUGAACUCAGAGGCCCACGUUCGCAAAUUAGAGGACAACUUGGCAGAGGCCAACUCUAGGUUGGCAGAGAUGGAGAGAUCCCAAACGGAGCUAAAUGCAAUUAAGAUCCGUCUGUCAGCUGAGAACAGUGAUCUGAGUCGUGAACUGGAGGAGACACAAAGUAAGCUCAACCAGGUCACACGCAUAAAGGCAACACUAACAACUCAAAAUGAUGAGCUCAAGAGACAGAUCGAUGAAGAGUCAAAGGCUCGUAGUGCAGCAGUCAUUGGACUGGCAAAUGCUCGUCAUGACUUGGACCUCAUGAAGGAGCAGCUGGAGGAGGAACAGGAGAGCAAGGCAGAGAUGCAUCGCCUGAUCUCCAAGCUCAACUCUGAGGUGACAACCUGGAGGACCAAGUAUGAAACCGAUGCUAUUCAAAAAACAGAGGAGUUGGAGGAGACUAAGCGUAAACUUGCUGUCAGGCUCCAGGAAGCAGAGGAAGCUGCAGAGGCCGCACAGGCUAGAGCAGCGAGCUUAGAAAAGGUCAAACAGAGGCUUCAAGGAGAAGUGGAGGAUCUAACUAUUGACCUGGAAAAGUCCAAUGCUGCAGCUGCAGCCCUUGACAAGAAGCAGCGCAGUUUUGACAAGAUGAUUGCUGAGUGGAGCCAGAAGUGUGAGGAGCUGCAGGUAGAACUAGACAGUUCCCAAAAGGAAUGUCGCUCCUAUAUGACAGAGGUGUACAAACUCAAGACUGCCUAUGAGGAGUCACUUGACCAUCUGGAAACUGUCAAGAAAGAUAAUAAGACCCUCUCCGAGGAGAUCAAAGAUCUUGUGGAGCAGUUGGGUGAAGGUGGGAAGAGUGUCCAUGAGCUUCAAAAGGCCAGGAAGAAACUGGAGGUUGAGAAGGAUGAAUUACAACUGGCCCUGGAGGAGGCUGAAACCUGCCUGGAGGUUGAGGAGAGUAAGCUGGUGCGUGUCCAGCUGGAACUGGCUCAGGUCAAAGCGGACAUUGAUCGCAGAAUUCAUGAGAAGGAAGAAGAGUUUGAGAUAACAAGGAAGAACCACCAGCGAGCCAUGGAGUCCUUGCAAGCUAGCCUAGAGGCAGAGGCCAAAGGUCGCGCCGAGGCUUUGAGGAUGAAAAAGAAGAUGGAGUCAGACCUGAAUGAGAUGGAAAUCCAGCUGGACCAUGCCAAUAAGAAUAACAGUGAAUUAGUCAAAACACUAAAGAAACUGCAACAGCAGAUCAAAGAUAUGCAGAUGCAGAUGGAUGAGGACGCACGAAUACAUGAGGAGUUGCGGGAGCAAUACAACCUGCAGGAACGGCGUCUAAACUUGUUACAGACUGAGAUGGAGGAGGUGCGCAGUGGGCUAGAGGCUUCUGAGCGCUCCCGGAAGCUUAUUGAGCAGGAGCUGGUGGAAGUCACCGAGCACCACAAUGACCUCAAAGUACAGAACCAAAGUUUGAUUGCCAUCAAACGCAAAAUGGAAGCAGACAUGGUUCGUCUCUCCAAUGAAAACGAAGAGAUCAUCAGCGAGUUCCGCUCCGCUGACGAGAGGGCAAAGAAAGCCAUCGCAGAUGCAACGCGCAUGGCAGAGGAGCUGCGUCAGGAGCAGGACCACUGCAUGCAUCUGGAGAAGAUAAAAAAGAACAAUGAGGUCACCAUCAAAGACCUCCAGCUCAAGGUUGAGGAAGCUGAGCAGCUCGCCUUGAAAGCUGGAAAACGAACCAUACAAAAACUGGAAGCCAGAGUUAAGGAAGUGGAAACUGAACUGGACACAGAGCAGAAGCGCCACGUUGAGACUGUUAAGAUCCUGCGUAAGAAUGAACGCCGUCUAAAGGAGCUUGUCUUCCAGACUGAGGAGGACCAUAAGACAAAUCAGCGCAUGCAAGAGCUGGUUGAGAAACUGCAGAACAAACUGAAGUCUUAUAAGAGGCAGAUAGAGGAAGCAGAGGAGCAAGCCAAUGCGAGUCUGUCCAAGUAUAGGAAGACAGUACAUGAGCUGGAUGACGCUGAGGAGAGAGCAGGCAUGGCAGAGAUGGCGCUGAACAAACUUCGCACCAGAAACCGCGCCUCAGUGGGUAAAGGCUUUACCAAUGUAGAAAUUGUCCAAGUUACCAAAACCUCCUCUAAAAGUUCCUCUGGGGAAUAG